CAGAUAACACAGCAUAGAGAAGACAACCUCUCAUCAGGGUGAGCCUGAAGAUAUGGAAAAUUCCUCAAUUGAUCAGAAGCCUCGUGCAGUCUCGGACAACUCUGAAAAUCAUGUCAACCAAAAGCCCCCUCACAUUCGGGAGCGAAGUUUUACCGACAUUCAGACAAUUAUCAAAAAAGAUGCUUCAACAAAUACAACCCCACUGCUUACAAGUGAAACACAACAAAGAGCUUUUCCUCCAGUACCACUCACUGAAAACAAAUAUAAUGUAGUUUAUGAAACUGUGAUUGAACCAGACAUGGAGGCCAGUAUUGAGCAAGUGUACAAAGAAAGCAGCUCUAAAAACAUGAAUAUUGAUUUCUGUCAGUGGAAUGCAAUGCCAGUAGCUGAUGGGCACCCAAACCAGGACGUGACAGGGGAGGAAAGAAAACAAGAAACCGAUGAAAACUACGAAGAGGAAGUGUCUUGCAGUGAUGAGUUAAAUGGAUUGUCUAAAUCUCAUCAGACAAACUCGCAUAAAAGAAACGAGUCUUCUUGGAGUUUUGGCUCCUUCUUCAUCGGCCCUCCAGUUGAACUUGUGGCAGAGGUGCUCUCAGUAGAGUUCUAUGAGUCUAAUCUGUACAUGCAUGAUGACAAAUCUACAAAAAAGCAAGCCAAGUCAAUGGGGAAAAACACAGGCUCGAUGAAGAUCACUAAGGUCUCCAAGGUCUCAUCGGAGGAACCAAAUCUGCCUCACCGCCUUCCUCCCAAACUCUAUCUCGCCUCCUCCUCUUCACUGGCUCAGAGCAGCAUUUUCAGAUCCUCCAUUUUCUACGAACUUCCACCUCCAGGACAAAAGUUACCAGUGAACACACCCAAGUCUGGUCCUGUGGCUCUCCAGAAGAUCAAGGCAAAGCUGAGGAAGUUAUCAGCAGAAGAGGCACAGCUCAAAGAGAUGUUUGAAUAGAAAAGAAUAUACAGAACAUUAUGCAUUUUUGGAAAUCAACAGGAAACACAGCUCCAAGAGAAAGGUGAAGGACUCUAAAAAUGCACUGUUUUACAGAAUAAAACAUUUAAGAUUUGGAAUGCUUUGCCCCUUUCCCUCCAUGUGGCCAACUUCUGUCUCAUGUGACCUCAUUUUGCUUAUUUUUGUUUAUUUUGUGUACCUGCUCUCUGUAAAGCACUUUGUGUGAUUUUUAUCUGUGAAAAGCACCAUAUUAAUAAGGUUUAUUUACUUACUAUUUUGGGCUAAAUUACACUUCAGUGACAGUGUUCUUACUUUACACCCAGUUAAAUGGCUUUAGUCCUACUUUAAACUGUGAACACAUUUUUAUGGUCACUCAUAUUGACUGGACAAGG